CAGAGUGACGGAGAGAGAGAGACCCAAUCACCCAAAGAUGGAGAGUGAAUUUCGCCAUUUUCUCCUACAAAAUCUCUAAACUUUAUCUACUCUCUAUCCAUCUCUGAAAAAUUUCCGUUUUUUUCUCAUUAACGAUAAUCUCCCUCUCUAUGUGUGUUUGUGUGUGCAUGUUCUCUUAUUACAUUCCUUCUCUCCUCUCUCUGUUCACGCCUUAUAAAUUAAGCUAGAAAAGAAAACGUUAAAUACAAGAGAAACAAACAAACAAACUCAUCUAAUCUAACAUCUAACAACGAACAGAUUCCAAGCUCCUUGCUUUCUCUCUCUUUGAAGUCUGAUCUCACAGUGUUAGUCUGUCUUUCAAUUCUAUGUUUUGAAUUGGAGGGAUGUCUGGGUCUGGAAUCUUCAGAUGGAAAAGGGUAAUACGAGAAACGGCGGGCAGAGCCGCCCGGUUCUCCGUAUCGGAAACCCGGUCAAAUUACCGAUUCUCGCAGAAAUCGCCCAUCUGUACUCGGUUCAAUUGCCUUCACGUCGGGACUUACCGUCGCCGGGAGUCGCUUAUCGGUUACCAGGAGCGGCACAAGUGGGAGGGCGGUUCUGACGAUUUCCAGACUCGGAAGAUUCGGGCUGAAGCCAAUUGCCCGAGAUGUUCCAAGCAGAUGGACCUUCUCUUCUCCAAUCGGCAUCCACCCAUCUACGGCGCUGACAGAGGCAGCUACCAGGCCGUCAACCUCUGCCCCAAUUGCAAGACCGCUUACUAUUUCCGCCCUUCCAAGAUUGCUCCUUUACAGGGAAGCUUCAUUGAGAUUGGGAGGGUUAGAGGAGGAAAGGAUUCGGAGAAGAAAUCCGUCAGCGGCGAUGGUGGGAGUGGCAAUGGCGAUGCUACCGGAGAGGAUGAUUACGGGAAUAGGCUUCGGAUUUCGUUCUGGGAGACUUUGAGGUCGUUUAGUGGGGACCCACCUGAGAAUUGGCCGCCUCCACCUGCUCCACCUCCGGGGAAUGGGAAUGGAUUGGCGGUGCAUACGCCUCCAGGCCCGCCUUUUGCGCCUGGGGUGAACGUUAUACGGGCGUCUGGGCCCGGUGGGUCCGGUGGCAGCGGCAACGGGAGCGGUGGUGGGUCUUUUGGAGAGAAGAAUGGAUGGGGUGGGUCGAAUUUGGGGAAGGAUUUUCCUACACCCAAAGAGAUAUGUAAGAAUCUCGACAAGUUUGUUAUUGGACAGCAACGAGCAAAGAAGGUUCUUUCUGUGGCUGUAUAUAACCACUACAAAAGGAUAUAUCAUGCCUCCUUGCAAAAAGGGUCUGGAGCAGAACCUGGAAAUUCAGAGGCUGAAAAUGACGAUGACUCAGUGGAGCUGGAGAAAAGCAAUGUCCUAUUGAUGGGGCCUACUGGGUCAGGAAAGACAUUACUUGCAAAAACACUGGCUCGUUUUGUGAAUGUUCCUUUUGUCAUUGCUGAUGCGACAACAUUGACUCAGGCAGGUUAUGUUGGAGAAGAUGUGGAGUCCAUUUUAUACAAGCUACUUACGGUUGCUGAAUUCAAUGUGCAAGCAGCUCAGCAAGGAAUUGUCUACAUUGAUGAAGUUGAUAAGAUCACUAAGAAGGCUGAGAGCUUAAACAUUAGCAGAGAUGUAUCUGGUGAAGGUGUUCAACAGGCAUUACUGAAAAUGCUUGAAGGGACUAUAGUGAAUGUUCCUGAGAAGGGCGCUAGGAAGCAUCCUCGUGGUGACAACAUUCAGAUAGAUACAAAAGAUAUCCUUUUCAUAUGCGGUGGAGCCUUUGUCGAUUUAGAAAAGACUAUUUCAGAAAGACGACAAGAUUCUUCUAUUGGCUUUGGAGCACCAGUUCGUGCAAAUAUGAGAACAGGUGGACUAACUAAUGCUGCAGUGACAUCAUCCUUACUGGAAUCGGUUGAAAGUGCAGAUCUUAUUGCAUAUGGCCUCAUACCAGAAUUUAUUGGCCGCUUUCCAAUUCUAGUUAGUUUGUCAGCUCUAAAUGAAGGCCAACUUGUUCAGGUCCUGAAGGAGCCCAAAAAUGCUCUCGGUAAACAGUACAAAAAAAUGUUUAGCAUGAACAAUGUGAAGCUACAUUUUACAGACAACGCACUAAGACUGAUUGCAAAGAAAGCUAUGGCUAAAAGUACUGGAGCACGAGGUUUGAGAGCCAUAUUGGAAAGCAUUCUUACUGAAGCCAUGUAUGAGAUUCCAGAUGUCAAGACAGGAAAUGAUAGAGUUGAUGCUGUUGUGAUUGAUGAGGAGGCAGUUGGAUCAGUGGAUGCACCAGGGCUUGGAGCAAAAAUUCUUAGAGGAGAUGGUGCUUUGGAGCGAUACCUUUCUGAAACAAAGUCAGAGGGGAACGGUGAGGUAGCUGAGGGGGAGAUAGAGGGAGAAUCAGAGGUAUCAUCAUCAAGAGCCAUGAGCAUGUAGGUUUCUACCAACGAAGUUUUUAACUUGUAAAAUGUCUCUGAUAUAUUUAUCAAUUGAAAUUGAUGUAAUCAACUAUUGUAAAGCAGCAAAGCUUCUUUUCCCAUAGGGCUUGGGAGGUGUAAAAGGAAGAUUGUAAAAUUGCUAAUUUAAGCAUAGUUUCUUGUACAAAACAUUUUUAAUUUUGGGGAAGGCUAAUUUACACAACAUAUUUGCUCCUUCAAUUCAAUAAGUGAUCUUUCCCUUUGGAAUUUCUA